AUGGCCCGGCUUUCCUCUCCUCUCCGGACCGCCGUCCUUUACGGCCUCCUGGCCGCCACUGGUGUGCCUAUCGCACAGGCUGUUUCUCCGACCGCCCAACCAGUCUACCAAAGGGCGCCCCACGUGGACCCCUCUGUCUCAGACCCUAAUCCGGCCACUAUCACUGCUGUGUCAAAAUGUCAUGAGCAUGGCACAGUCCAGUACUGCAUGGCCCCUACCGGCGAGGUACAGGUCAUUGCCGCCGCACAAACCGACGGGCCAACCCCGACCACCCAGGACACCCCUACCAGCAUCACGGUUGUGUCAGAAUGCCAUACCCAUAGUACUUUACUUUACUGCAUGGGUGGGACAGUCGAGUAUGAAGUUCACACCACUAUAACGGCGACCCAGGAUAUUCCGCCGGCUUUCACCGGGUGCCACAGCCACGGGACCGAAACCUUCUGUAUCGGCCCCAACGGUGACGAGGUGGAACUCCAUGUCGCCGGAGAAGAGGAGGGUGGGCAGGACGAGAGCCAUCCCGAGGGGCAGGACUGUCAUUUCCAUGCCGGUAUCGAGCACUGUACUGGCGUGGAAAACACCUGCGAACGCGUCGACAGGGACUACAACAUCAAUCUCCGCGUCGGCCUCCUCUUCGCCAUGCUCGCUACCAGCUCCAUUGGCGUCUUUACCCCAAUCCUGAUGGCCUCCUAUGUCUCACCCAAUCAUCCCGUUUUCACCGUCCUCAGGCAAUUCGGCACUGGCGUCAUCAUCUCGACCGCUUUUGUUCACCUCUACACACAUGCCAACCUCAUGUUCACCAACGAAUGUCUCGGCGAGCUCGAGUACGAGGCUACCGCGGCUGCCAUCCUCAUGGCUGGUAUCUUCCUGUCCUUCUUGGUUGAGUACUGCGGGAGUCGUCUCGUCCAAUGGCACGAGGCCAAAGCCAAGCCCAGCACGGUCGAGGCAGUCGGCCAUGGUCAUGCCGCACCUGAAGCCCGCACCGACAUGGUCAACAUUGCUGUCCUGGAAGCCGGCGUCAUCUUCCACUCCCUCCUCAUCGGCCUCACUCUCGUCGUUGCGGGCGACACCUUCUUCCUCACUCUCUUCGCCCUCCUCCUCGCCCUCGCCUUCGCCAUCGUCACCCCCCUCGGCAUGGGCAUCGGCAUCGGCGUGCUGCAAAACUUCAACGGCAACGACCCGGCCACCAUCAUCGCCAUUGGCACGCUGGACGCCUUCUCGGCCGGCAUCCUGGUGUGGGUCGGGGUGGUGGAGAUGUGGGCGCACGACUGGAUGUUGGGCGGCGAGAUGACGCGCGCGGGGCCGGUGCGCACGGUGUUGGGGUUGGGAGCGUUGGUGGUGGGCAUGGCGGUGAUGAGUUUGUUGGGGAAGUGGGCGUGA